AUGCACUCUCCAUUUGAGGAAAAUGCUAACUCUCGAACACUAUAUGUUGGAAAUCUCGAUCCAUCUGUCUCUGAAGAACUCUUAAUGGCUCUAUUCACACAAAUGGGACCAUGUAAAAAUUGUAAAAUUAUCCAUGAACCAACCAGUGAUCCAUAUGCAUUUAUUGAAUUUACUGAACAUCAAGCAGCUGCAAAUGCGCUACUUGCAAUGAACAAACGUUUAGUCAUGGGUAAAGAAAUAAAAGUUAACUGGGCAACAACAUCAACAUCUGGAACAGUUAAAGUUGAUACAAGUAAACAUUUUCAUAUAUUUGUCGGCGAUCUUGCACCUGAAAUUGAUCAAAAUGCAAUACGGGAAGCAUUUUCACCAUUCGGAGAAAUUUCAGAAGUUAAAAUUGCUAAAUUUACUGAUACACAAAAACCCAAAGGAUAUUGUUUUGUUUCUUUUACUAAUCAAAGUGACGCGGAAACAGCUAUUACCAGUAUGAAUGGACAAUGGCUUGGUACACGAAAGAUACGUACAAAUUGGGCGACAAGAAAAGCACCAACUAAUGAACCUACCACUGGUACACGAAGUCGAGAUUCUAAUAAUUCUCAAUAUGGUCAAGAAUCAUUAACAGCAAAACUUGAUUUUAAUGAAGUAUGGAAUCGAACAAGUGAUACGAAUAGUACAGUUUAUUUUGGUAAUUGUGGUGAAGUUAGCGAAGAUUUAGUUCGUUCAUUUUUUGAACAAUAUGGUCCGAUAGUAGAAGUACGUGUAUUUAAAGAAAAAGGUUAUGCUUUUAUUAGAUAUGCAACCAAAGAUAGCGCAUGUCAAGCUAUUUGUCAUAUUCAUGGUUCUGAUAUUCAUGGUUAUACAGUUAAAUGUGGUUGGGGACGUGAUGAACCAACGAAUACUGGAAAUAAUCCAUCUAAUUACGGAAGUAAUAUGAAUAAUCAAAAUUAUAAUAAUAAUAACCAAUAUGAUUCUUAUUCACAAAAUUCUUAUGGUCCACCAUCUAAUAACACUUAUAUGGGUGGUGGUGGAGGAGGAGGAGGAAAUAACGGUGGUUAUGCAAAGUAUGGUGGAAAUUAUCCACAGCAACAACAACAACAACAACAACAGCAAUACUUUAAUCCUCAACAACAAUGGAAUAAUAAUGGACCACAAUCAUGGGAUUCUUAUUCUCAGUCUGCGAGUAGCGGCGGUUGGAAUAAUAAUAAUAACAAUAAUAAUAAUAAUUAUGGACCAAAUUCAAAUCAGUAUUAUGGUCAGCAACAAUCCCAUAUGUAUUCUUCCAAUUCUGGCUGGGGUCGAUCACAACGUUGA